AUAAGUCGCGUGUCUGUCUGAAAACAUCUCUUUUUUUUUUCUUUCUUUCUUUGUUUUUACUAAAUUGACACAAAUCCAAUCAUCAAUCGAAGGGAAAGUGAAGAUCUUUUCUACAGAUUGUAUAAGGAGCCUGUGAUCUGAAGUGUGGAGUUGUCAUUUUGUUAUGAAUUAAAUAUAAUAGCAAAAAAGUGAGAGAAUAAAAAUGAAUCUACAAGCACAAAUUGGGGGACAGUAUCCGAGGCAGGUUUCCAAUCAAGCUGGUAAUUCAUUGCCUGCCAUGCAGCAGCAACCGAAUAUGAUGCAAAACUCCGAUGGUACCCAUGUUUCACACAAUACAGAGUCUGGCUCAAUAAAUGCACGCCAUUUUAUUCAAGAUAAGAUCUACGAGGUACUUUUGCAGCGACAAACUGGGGAGAUGCCUCCAAAGAACAACAUUCAAGAUCUUCUUAGGCGCUUGGAAGAAGGCUUGUACAAAACUGCUAGAACGAAGGAGGAGUAUAUGAAUUUAGGGACACUGGAAGCUCGUAUACAUCUUUUGCUCAGACGCACUCCUCCCAACAAUCAAAAUCGACAAUAUCAGCAACAGAAUAAUGCUAAUGUUGCCAUGGGAACAAUGCUUCCAACUCCUGGCGUGGCUCAAAGUGGGAACUCAAACUUAAUGGUUCCAUCAUCUACAGAUAACACCUUGGUUGGUGUUAAUGGUGGUAAUAACAUAAUGUCAUCAGCUGGCAAUGCUGUAAACUAUACCAUGAAUAACACCGGGAUUUCCAGGGGAAUGCACACUGGUUCAUUUGGCUCAACUGAUGGUUUAACAGAUGGAUCUCAACAAUCGCUGUCCAAUUUUUCUGUAAGCUCAGGUGGAAAUAGCUUAAUUUCAUCUACGGCUGGACAAAGAAUGGGCAGCCAAAUGAUGCCUACUCCUGGAUUUAACAAUAGUAAUAGCACAAUUAACCAAUCAUACAUGAAGUUGGAGCCAACUAGUAAUGUUCCUGUUCUCCCGAGUGCUGACACAGCAAUGGUGUCUCAGUCGUUGCAACAGAAGCAGCAAGUUGGUGGCCAAAACAGCCGAAUCUUGCAUAGCCUGGGAAGCCAUAUGGGUGGUGGGAUCAGGUCUACUCUGAAUCAAAAGCCCUAUGGGUUUCCAAAUGGAGCAUUAAAUGGUAAUUUAGGGAUGAUGGGUAAAAAUUCACAGGUGAUUAAUAGUUUGGGAAACUCUGAGGGUUUUAUGACAGAUUCUCAUUACGGAAACUCUCCCAAGCCAAUGUCGCAAUAUUUUGAUCAACAUCAAGGACAGAUAUCUCAAGGUGAUGGAUCUGGAAAUUUUUAUGCUACAACAAGUUCAGGUACGUCGCUGAUGAAUGUGAACCCGGUAAACCUAUCGGCAUUACAGAGAACAAGCUCCCCCUUGGUGGUUAAUCAGUCAAACUCGCACAAUUCUGCCCAGCCUGCAAACUUGAAGCCUUCAGUAGAUCAAUCUGAGAAUGUGCAUCCUCAGCAGUCUCUUCCGUAUCAGCAACAAUUCCUUCAUUCUCAAAGGCAACAGAACCAGCAGAAUCAGCGACUACCAUAUGGACAGUCUCGGAUGAUAUCUGAUUUGGGCACUCGAAUAAAAUCUGAGCCUGGAAUGGAACGUCAUAAUGAAACUUUUCAGCCACAAGUUUAUGAACGUUUACAGUCGACCCAAACAGCUAGUUUCCAGCAGAAUUCUGGCUCUCAGGAUAUGAGUUUAUCAAUGACAGAAAUUCCAGAUCAGCAGCAACAGUUUUUGCAACAGCCUUACGUUGAUGUUGACUCUCGAAGUAAUGUUGGUCGAUCAGGUCAACCAGAGGCAGGAGUUCAGGGUCAAUGGCAUUCAAGAUCACAGGAACCUUCAAAUCAGUUAGGUAACUUGUCAAGCGAACUGAAAACUCAAGAGCAAUUUCAGGGAAGGAAUGACCAUACUCAGAAGAACAACAUUCUAUCUUCAGAACCGUCUAUGGCUAUCAAAAGAUCAGUAGACGCACCAUCUGCAAAUAUAGACCGUGAGUUACAGUACAAGAAUCAAAUGAGAUGGCUUUUGUUCUUACGGCAUGCUCGUAAUUGUGGUUACUCCCCAGGCAACUGCCGAGAACUCAAUUGCAUCACCGUUCAAAACUUGUGGAAACAUAUCAAGACAUGCAAUGAUGUUCAAUGUCAAUAUCCUCGCUGCCAUAAGUCGAAAACAUUAAUUCAUCAUAGCAAGAUCUGCAAGGAUCAAAGUUGUCCUGUUUGUGCUCCGGCAAAGCUCUUCUUGCAGCGAGUAGCGGUACGUCAAACAAAAUUUUCACAGUCGGGAAAUAGAUUGUGUGAUUAUACUACUAGAAUGAGUCCAUCUGUAGUUGAAACUACAGAAGAUCUACAUCCUUCCGUCAAGCGGAUGAAAAUUGAGCCACCAUCUCAAACACCAGUUUCUGAAGAUGAAAGCUCAAUCAUGCCAGUUUCCAUCGCUAGUACUUCUGAAGGUCUUCAGGAUUGUGACACCCGUGUACCACCAAGAUAUGAGGUCACUGGAGUGAAAAUGGAAGUUCCUACAAGUUCUAUGCAAGGAACCCCCGCGAUCACUGAGGUGGUUAAGAAGGAUUACAUGGAAGAGUGCAUAAAAGUUAAAACUAGUGAUGGUGUCUCAGCCUUGUCAAAGGAGGCCACAGGAUUCCCUAAGCAAGAGUUUCUUAAGAUUGAGGAGGUGGGCCAGUCUAAACAAGAAGAUGUACCACUUGUUACCGAGACUUCUGGUGGAACCAAAUCAGGGAAGCCAAAAAUGAAGGGUGUAUCAAUGACAGAACUGUUCACGCCAGAGCAGGUUCGGGAGCAUAUAACCGGUCUCAGGCAGUGGGUUGGCCAGAGCAAAGCAAAGGUGGAAAAGAUUCAAGCUAUGGAGUUCGCAAUGAACGAGAAUUCAUGUCAAUUAUGUGCAGUUGAAAAGCUCAAUUUUGAACCGCCACCUAUAUAUUGUUCACCCUGCGGUGCUCGGAUAAAAAGAAAUGCAAUGUUUUACACCAUUGGAAGUGGUGAUACACGUCAUUAUUUCUGUAUUCCGUGCUAUAAUGAGACCCGUGGAGACACCAUAAGUGUUGAUGGAACUAAUUUUUUAAAAGCAAAAUUAGAGAAAAAGAAGAAUGACGAGGAGACAGAAGAACCGUGGGUCCAAUGUGACAAAUGUGAAGCUUGGCAACAUCAGAUUUGUGCAUUAUUUAAUGGUCGUAGAAAUGAUGGGGGACAAGCAGAGUACACUUGCCCCAAUUGCUAUGUGGAAGAGGUUGAAAAAGGAGAGCGGGUCCCAUUACCACAAAGUGCUGUUCUUGGAGCAAAAGAUUUACCGAGAACCAUUCUUAGUGAUCACAUUGAGAACAGGUUGUUCAAGAGAUUGAAGCAGGAAAGAUUAGAGAGAGCAAGGUUUCAUGGCAAAAGUUAUGAUGAGGUUCCCGGAGCAGAAGCACUUGUUGUUAGAGUUGUCUCGUCUGUGGACAAAAAAUUGGAAGUCAAACAGCGAUUCCUUGAGAUCUUUCAAGAGGAAAAUUACCCCCCAGAAUUUGCGUAUAAAUCUAAGGUUGUUUUGUUGUUUCAGAAAAUCGAAGGGGUAGAAGUAUGCCUGUUUGGCAUGUAUGUUCAAGAAUUCGGAGCAGAAUGUCAGCAACCAAAUCAUCGCCGUGUUUAUCUCUCUUAUUUAGAUUCAGUCAAGUACUUUAGACCUGAAAUAAGAACAGUGACUGGAGAAGCUCUGCGUACAUUUGUAUAUCAUGAAAUUCUGAUUGGGUAUCUAGAAUAUUGCAAGUUACGUGGGUUUACCAGCUGUUAUAUAUGGGCGUGCCCUCCAUUGAAGGGUGAAGAUUAUAUCUUAUAUUGCCAUCCUGAAAUUCAGAAGACACCAAAGUCAGAUAAACUAAGGGAAUGGUAUUUGUCAAUGUUGAGAAAAGCCUCCAAGGAAGAUAUCGUGGUGGAACUCACAAAUUUAUACGACCAUUUCUUUGUAUCUUCUGGUGAAUGUAAAGCUAAGGUGACUGCAGCUCGAUUGCCUUAUUUUGAUGGAGAUUACUGGCCUGGUGCAGCCGAGGAUAUAAUCUAUCAGCUUCGUCAAGAGGAGGAUGGAAGAAAACACAAUAAGAAAGGGUCCAUGAAAAGGACCAUAACGAAAAGAGCUCUCAAAGCUUCUGGACAAACUGAUCUUUCUUCAAAUGCUUCAAAAGAUUUGCUACUCAUGCAUAGGCUUGGUGAAACAAUAUCCCCAAUGAAGGAAGAUUUCAUUAUGGUACACCUGCAACAUUCGUGCACACAUUGCUGUCUUCUACUGGUGUCUGGAACACGUUGGGUUUGCAACAAUUGCAAAAAUUUUCAACUCUGCAAUAGGUGUUAUGAAAUCGAACAAACGCUUGAGGAGAGGGAGAGACAUCCUAUUAACCAAAGGUUGAAACAUCCACUUCAUCCUGUCGAAAUCGAUGAUGUAGCUACAGAUACCAAAGACAAGGAUGAGAUUCUUGAGAGUGAAUUCUUUGAUACUAGACAAGCUUUCCUCAGUCUUUGCCAAGGAAAUCAUUAUCAAUAUGAUACACUAAGACGUGCCAAACAUUCUUCAAUGAUGGCUUUAUAUCAUCUUCACAACCCCACCGCUCCAGCUUUUGUGAUAAAUUGCAUUGCAUGCCGUCUCGAUAUAGAAACUGGGCAAGGUUGGCGGUGUGAGAUCUGCCCGGACUAUGAUCUGUGCAAUUCAUGCUAUCGAAUGGGUAGAGGAACUGAUCAUCCUCAUAAGUUAACACAUCAUCCGUCAAUUGCUGAACGUGAUGCACAAAACAAAGAAGCUCGACAAUUGCGAGUUGUUCAGCUAAGGAAAAUGCUUGAUCUUCUGGUUCAUGCAUCUCAGUGUAGAGCUUCGCAAUGUCAGUAUCCCAAUUGUCGGAAGGUGAAGGGACUUUUCCGACAUGGAAUGCAUUGCAAAGUACGUGCAUCUGGAGGUUGUGGUACAUGCAAGAAAAUGUGGCAUCUCCUUCAACUUCAUGCUCGGUCAUGUAAAGACAAUCCAUGCACUGUUCCUCGCUGCAGAGACCUUCGGGAACAUAUGAGAAGGCUGACACAACAAGCUGAUAGUCGACGGAGAGCUGCUGUUAUGGAGAUGAUGAGACAGCGUGCUGCAGAGGUUGCGGGCAGCAGUGGAUGAUCACAUCAUAAUGUAAAUAUACAUCAAUGUACAGUUUUGUUUGCAGUCGCUUUGAUUGGAUGAAAUUUCAAGUAUAUUUAUGGAACGGAGCAGCAGCAGGUAGCUGGGCAGCAUAGGCACACAAGUACAGACUACAUCUAGGUUUGUACAAAUGUAAUUUAGAAGUCAUGCAGAAUGAAAACAUCAAAGAUAAGAGAUUUUGUUUUUUUGGUUUCUUCGUUUUUUUUGGAAUGGUAGUCAAUACCUUAGGUUAUGCAUAUAUGUACUGCUUUUUUUUAAUAGACUACCAUCCUAUCUUAUAGUAA